GCGGUCCUUCCACGGCCGUUCCAUUUCCACGGCUUUCUACCAACCCAGUUAUAAUCCAGACCACCUCGUCUCCACGAUUCCACCCAAGCGGACGAACCAGUCCGCUUGGCUUGUACCCGCGGCCGUGUUCGAGUCCCCGAGCGCGCCGGGAAGGACCACCACCGAUGGGCUCUCUCGAGGCGCCGCUGCUGCUCCCGCUCCCGAGCGGGAAGGAGAACCAGGAGGCGAGGGAUCGUAAAGAUAGGCGGUGGUGGCGAUGCCGCGGCGGCGAGGGCUGGUGGGGGGAGGCGACGGCGGAGGCCUGGCGGCUGUCAGCGCUGGCGGCGCCCAUGGUCGCCGUGGCGCUGCUGCAGCUCAUGAUGCAGCUCAUCUCCACCGUCAUGGUCGGCCACCUCGGCGAGGUUCCACUCGCCGGGGCCGCCAUCGCCAACUCGCUCACCAACGUCUCCGGAUUCAGCGUCCUCAUGGGACUGGCAAGUGGAUUGGAAACUAUUUGUGGACAGGCCUACGGAGCAGAACAGUAUCAUAAGCUAGCUUUAUAUACCUACAGGUCUAUAAUUGUACUUCUUAUUGUGAGUGUGCCCAUCGCCAUUAUAUGGGUUUUCAUCCCGGACGUACUUCCUCUCAUAGGUCAGGAUCCACAAAUAGCAAGUGAGGCUGGGAAAUAUGCCUUGUAUCUUAUCCCCGGUUUACUUGCCUUCAGUGUGGCGCAAUGCUUUUCAAAGUUCCUCCAGUCUCAGAGCCUAAUUUUUCCCAUGGUUCUGAGCUCCUUGAUAACGCUCACCCUCUUUAUUCCUUUGUGUUGGUUCAUGGUUUAUAAAAUUGGGAUGGGUAAUGCUGGAGCUGCUUUAUCAGUCAGCAUCUGUGAUUGGGUUGAAGUGACAGUUCUUGGUCUUUACAUUAAGUUCUCACCUUCUUGUGAGAGAACUCGUGCUCCACUCACGUGGGAAGCUUUUAGAGGGAUUGGCAGUUUCAUGCGGUUGGCCGUACCAUCGGCUCUUAUGAUUUGUCUUGAAUGGUGGUCAUAUGAGCUGCUCGUUCUGCUUUCUGGGAUCUUGCCAAAUCCAGCACUUGAAACUUCUGUGCUUUCUAUAUGCAUAUCUACAGCAGUGUUGGUGUACAAUCUCCCGUAUGGCAUCGGAACAGCUGCAAGCGUGCGUGUGUCAAAUGAGCUAGGUGCAGGGAACCCAGACGGUGCCCGCUUAGUAGUACGUGUUGCCUUAUCAAUAAUAAUUUGCUUGGCAGUCCUGGUGAGCGUAACUCUUCUAUCCUUGCGCCAUUUCAUUGGAAUUGCUUUCAGCAAUGAGGAGGAUGUCAUAAAUUAUGUCACCAGAAUGGUACCGUUACUUUCAAUUUCAGUUCUUACAGACAACCUCCAAGGAGUCCUUUCAGGUGUUUGUAGGGGCUGUGGAUGGCAACAUUUAGGUGCCUAUGUUAACCUGGGCGCAUUCUAUCUUGUUGGCAUUCCUGUGGCUCUUGUUCUCGGUUUUGCAUUGCAUCUAGGAGGAGUUGGGUUUUGGAUUGGCAUGAUAGCUGGUGGAGCCACGCAGGUCGCUCUACUAUCAGCCAUCACUGCAACGACAAACUGGGGGAAUAUGGCUGACAAGGCUAGAGAUAGAGUGCUUGAGGAAAGACUUCCGACACAGGCAGCUUGAUUGCGUCGACUUAAAUUAUGUCUGAUUCUAUCUCCAAAUUUUUGCUGCAACCUAGGUGAUUUUGAAAGAGGUGUUCAUGUUCCACGGAUCUGUAAAAAUAAUGUCAUGAAUAAGGAUUAUCUUUUGCUCAAAAGAACUGUUCAAUUAAGUUCGUAAAAGCCUAGACCACUGUUUGAUACCCGGUCAAAAUAAGGAAGCACAAGAAAAUCCUGAGAAUUUUGUUUUUGUAAUUGGUCUGGUUAUGUUCCUACUUUCCUAGUGGACAUAACCGCCAUGGAUUGUACUCCUGUAACGAAUCAAUAAAGCUCUUGAGAUCUGCCCUAAGAAAAAAGGAGCACAAGUGAUCAAUUGGCUGAAAAUUGCAUUUUUUUUUUUA